UUAUGGUCAGUUCUUGCAAUUCUCGCAAAGUGCUAGCAUUCACGAUUCGGUUAUAGAGUUGAAAGCUUGCGAUAAUUGUUGAAUUUCAUUCUUGCAUCAAAAAUAAGUGUAACUUAAUCCACAUUCAUAACAAAGAUAACCAUUCAAGAUGAAGUGUUUAGUAUUGCUGCUAUGCGCAGUGGCUGCUGUGAGUGCUGUUCAGUUCUUUGACCUGGUCAAGGAAGAGUGGAGUGCCUUCAAGCUGCAGCACCGUCUCAACUACGAAAGCGAGGUCGAAGACAAUUUCCGCAUGAAGAUAUACGCUGAGCACAAGCACAUCAUCGCCAAACACAACCAGAAGUACGAAAUGGGCCUCGUUUCUUACAAGCUGGGCAUGAACAAGUACGGAGACAUGCUCCACCACGAGUUCGUGAAGACUAUGAACGGCUUCAACAAAACUGCCAAACACAACAAGAAUCUGUACAUGAAGGGUGGGAGCGUCCGCGGGGCUAAGUUCAUAUCGCCGGCCAACGUGAAGCUGCCGGAGCAGGUGGACUGGAGGAAGCACGGCGCCGUCACCGACAUCAAGGACCAAGGGAAGUGUGGCUCAUGCUGGUCCUUCAGCACGACUGGAGCUUUGGAAGGACAGCACUUCCGUCAGUCCGGCUACCUGGUGUCGCUCUCGGAGCAAAACCUCAUCGACUGCUCGGAGCAGUACGGGAACAACGGCUGCAACGGGGGGCUCAUGGACAACGCCUUCAAGUACAUCAAGGACAACGGGGGCAUCGACACCGAGCAGACCUACCCCUACGAGGGAGUUGACGACAAGUGCAGGUACAAUCCGAAGAACACCGGCGCUGAGGACGUGGGCUUCGUGGACAUCCCCGAGGGCGACGAACAGAAGCUGAUGGAAGCCGUGGCCACCGUGGGGCCCGUCUCCGUGGCCAUCGACGCCUCGCACACCAGCUUCCAGCUCUACUCCAGCGGAGUCUACAACGAGGAGGAGUGCUCCUCCACCGACCUGGACCACGGGGUUCUGGUGGUGGGCUACGGCACCGACGAGCAGGGCGUGGAUUACUGGCUCGUGAAGAAUUCGUGGGGCCGCUCGUGGGGUGAGCUGGGCUACAUUAAAAUGAUUCGGAACAAGAACAACCGCUGCGGCAUCGCCUCCUCCGCCUCCUACCCCCUCGUGUAAACCCCCCCCCCUCCCUCCCUCCCGCGGAGCUGCAACAUUCACAUCUCUUAUGUACACUUAUGGUUAAGUUAUCUCUGUAAUAUGUAUAAUUCUCAUAAUGUAUGAUUAGGUUAAGGAAAUUUAUGAAAAUUUAAGACUACUUUCGUUACAUUUUAUAAGUUUAAAAAUCAAGUUAGAAGUCUCAUAAACCUGAGGACGGCAAUACCACAACUGGCCCCCGACCGCGGUCCGGGACGGGGCUAUACACGUUGGCUUCAGUUCGUCAGUAGGCCAACGGCGACGACCUACCGACAUUGUCAAUAGCAGUACGUGACAGCGAAGAAGGACGCCGCCAUCGAAUGUUUAUGUCCAAACUCAGAUUAAUAAAUAAUUUUAUAAAAACUUGUUA